GUCGUCCGAUGGACUUCCAUCGUCGGGCUGAUAUUGCGCCACGUCACCCACGCGCGGACAGGGCGUUACUCCUAUCCCGCAUUUGCUGCAUCCCACCCACCACCUGGUCGAGACGGCGUGGGGGCUCGUGGGUUUCGUGGUGGAGAGGUUGGCGACGGCGGAGCGAAUCCGCGCGCCGCCGACGGUUCCUGCCACCGGAGAAGACGACGCGCUCCUCCGCUUCCUCCGGUGUUCUUCAAGGGAAUCUUCGCCGGCAUUCGAUUCGAGUCGUUCCGAGGAAUUUCUGCCUGUGCAAUCAUGGCUGAAGAUGGGAUUGGUCAUUGGGUUUCCAAGGAUCGUUUUGCUGCAAAGCGUCUGCAUGCUCUUGCUGCAGAGCUCGAUGAUCCGAAGAGACGUAUUAUUGAAGAGCAGAGUGCAUUUAGAGCAUUGUUGAAUGUAUCUCCAUUCAACAUUCCUAAUGCUCUAAUAGACUUUGUUGCCUCUCAUACUAGCCCUGGUUUGCGGGAGUUCAAGUUCCACAAGAAGAGGAUAGUUUUCACAAAAGAUAUGGUGAGGAAAGUUUUUGGAAUUCGAUGCGGCGACAGACUUGUUGUUCAGAAGAAAGGUGAGCAUCCUCAGCUGCGGCAGAUAUACAUAGAAGAAGGACAAUCAAGGCCUUUCAUCCAGCAUGCCGUUAAAUUGCUCAAGGCUUGUGAUGUUACGGAUGACCUCACCAUUAUCAGAACAUGGGAUCUUAUAUGUUUGGCUACGGUUAUUGCCCCUGGUAGCGCAAAUCUGAUUAGCCUUGACUAUUUGGACUGUAUGUUGGACCCUCGGAGGACUCACGAGUUUGCAUGGGAUGAACACUUGCUUGAGUUAGCAAUGCAGGAGGUUACAAAAAUCAAUAGCAAGACAGCAGAGGUAGUGGUACCAGGAAAUGCUAAGAAAAAUGAGUUUUGGAUCACUGGACCGUUCGCCCUUCUAGCUGUUGUCUACAUGGAUCACCUUGAUUUUCCACCAAAUCAACAUGUCAUUAACUACUCAAUUCCUAGAGUAUGUUUUGUGACCAGUAGUGAUUUCAAGUUUGUUGUCCAAAAUGAUGCUGAUAGGAAGAUCCUGAAUAAUAAGACUGUUUUUGGAAGGCGUCCGUUUCUUGAACUGUCAAACACUCCUUAUGGAGUUGCUGCUUUUUCCAACCGUGAUCAUGUUGAGGAGCCUGUUGAGCAGCCUGUUGAAGAAUCUGAAGUGAACCCAUCUGCCUCGCUCAAUGAAUGGCUUGUGUUUCCUACUAGUCAGGAUCUUGAGGUUCCAGCUGCUUACAAGCAUCUGUAUGAGAAACACAGGUCUAUUUAUGGUCGUGAUCUUGACACCACUCUCAAGAAUUUUGGUGUUGGUUUGAAGCAAAUGCAUUCGCAGCGCAUGGCAGCUUUGCUUAUUGACAUAGAUGCAGCAAAGAAAGAAAGUGAUGGUCCUAGUGUGCAUUUCCCAAACAGAGGUGGAGUUGAAGAUGAAAAUAUGGACGGUGCUGACAGACAUGAUGAUGAAGGUACUUCCAAUCAUGAUGAUGAAGAAAUCCCGGCAGCUGAUUCUGAAGAAACAGACAACGACGAGUUUGUUGUCGAAGCAAGGGCUGCUGUCAUGGACUCACGCACACUCGUCGUGGAUAUGCCGCAAUCUGCUGUUCUGUUGGAUUCUUCUACUGGUGGAGAUGUUGCUGGUGAACAGGUUUCUGUUGACAGCCCUGUGAUGUCACCUACAAACCCACCAUUUGCUCGUAUACCGGAGGGUAUAUCUGUAGAAGCUUGGAAUAGAGCCCCUGACCCUCCAUCAAUGGAGCUAUUCUCUCAGGAUCCAGAUGUAGUUGUUGUGUCUGAAGAUCAAAUCACUAUUCCUGCAACAGAAAUUACUCCGCCUGCUGAUGUUCCUUCUGUAGUGAAGCUUGACGACACAUCUUCUGAGCAGCCUAAAGUUAUGGAGGGUACAACACCACCCAUACCAUCCAGGGAUGCUGAAGAUCACUUGGGCGAGAACGUGUCACCGCAACAUCCUACAAACACAGAUGUUUCAGUUAUUAAGAGAGCUAAACUUUUUGCUGCCGAUGGCAAACUAAGUCUGAUUGCUGGUAUUCCUUUAAAUGUGGGCUCAACUGUUGUUGUGGCUGAAAGAAGCCCUUCUCCUUCUGGUAUUCCUUGAGCUUAAAAUGUUCAUUUGCUGCAUUUUCAUUUUUUUGUUGCUACAUUAUGUAUACUGUUUUGGCUACUUUACAUAAUAAUUGUUGCUACAUUCCUUCUUUUUG